CGCGGACAGGCGCUAGAAACCUUGGCUGAGAAGAGGGGGCCGAGUGGGGCCGCUCGAGUGGGGCCGCGCGUGGAAGCAGCGGGGCCGGGACUCGCUCAUGCCGCUCCCCGAUGGGGCGCAGAGCCCAGAGGGCUUCACCAACAGCACUUUCGAGUUCGACGACGGCCUGCGCACCCCCAGGCACCUCUGUACCGGGGACGGGGACGAGGUCCUGGAAGUCGCCAUCAGCUUCAAGAUGAGCGGCCUGGACUCGGAGGUGCUGCCCCUGCCACCACGGUACCGCUUUCGGGACCUGCUUCUGGGCGACCAGUCCUUCCAGAGCGAAGACAGGGUCGAGGUGGAGUUCUAUGUAAACGAGAACACCUGCAAGGAGCGGCUGAAGCUGUUCUUCAUCAAAAACCAGAGAUCCAGCCUGCGGAUCCGGCUGUUCAACUUCUCACUCAAGCUGCUCACUUGCCUGCUCUACAUUGUCCGUGUCCUGCUGGACAACCCGGCCCAGGGGAUCGGAUGCUGGGGCUGUACCAAGCAUAACUACACCUUCAACGCCUCAUCCGCUGAGAUCAACUGGGCCCCCAUCCUCUGGGUGGAGAGGAAGAUGACACUGUGGGUGAUCCAGGUCGUCGUGGCCACCAUCAGCUUCUUGGAGACCAUGCUGCUCAUCUACCUGAGCUACAAGGGCAACAUCUGGGAGCAGAUCUUCCGCGUGUCCUUUGUCCUGGAGAUGAUCAACACACUGCCCUUCAUCAUCACGGUCUUCUGGUCGCCGCUGCGGAACCUGUUCAUCCCUGUGUUCCUUAACUGCUGGCUGGCCAAGCACGCGCUGGAGAACAUGAUCAAUGACUUCCACCGUGCCAUCCUGCGGACGCAGUCGGCCAUGUUCAACCAGGUCCUCAUCCUCUUUUGCACCCUGCUCUGCCUGGUCUUCACAGGGACCUGUGGUAUCCAGCACCUGGAGCGGGCCGGCGAGAACCUGGACCUGCUCACCUCUUUCUACUUCUGCAUCGUCACCUUCUCCACCGUGGGCUACGGGGACGUCACACCCAAGAUCUGGCCGUCACAGCUGCUGGUGGUCAUCAUGAUCUGCGUGGCCCUUGUGGUGCUUCCGCUGCAGUUCGAGGAGCUCGUCUUCCUCUGGAUGGAGCGGCAGAAGUCAGGGGGCAACUAUAGCCGCCACCGGGCGCAGACGGAGAAGCAUGUGGUGCUGUGCGUCAGCUCCCUCAAGAUCGACCUCCUCAUGGAUUUCCUGAACGAGUUCUACGCCCACCCCCGGCUGCAGGACUACUACGUGGUCAUCUUGUGCCCCACUGAGAUGGACGUGCAGGUGCGCAGGGUGCUGCAGAUCCCCCUGUGGUCCCAGCGGGUCAUCUACCUCCAGGGCUCUGCCCUCAAGGACCAGGACCUCAUGCGGGCCAAGAUGGACAAUGGGGAAGCCUGCUUCAUCCUAAGUAGCCGGAACGAGGUGGACCGCACAGCUGCGGACCACCAGACCAUCUUGCGUGCCUGGGCUGUGAAAGACUUCGCCCCUAACUGCCCACUGUACGUACAGAUCCUCAAGCCCGAGAACAAGUUCCACGUGAAGUUCGCAGACCACGUGGUAUGUGAGGAGGAGUGCAAGUAUGCCAUGCUGGCCCUGAACUGUGUCUGCCCGGCCACCUCCACCCUCAUCACCCUGCUGGUGCACACAUCCCGCGGCCAGGAAGGACAGGAGUCCCCGGAGCAGUGGCAGCGCAUGUAUGGGCGCUGCUCGGGCAACGAGGUCUACCACAUCCGCAUGGGCGACAGCAAGUUCUUCCGCGAGUACCAGGGCAAGAGCUUCACCUAUGCGGCCUUCCAUGCCCACAAGAAGUAUGGUGUCUGCCUCAUUGGGCUGAAGCGUGAGGACAACAAGAGCAUCCUGCUGAAUCCGGGCCCACGCCACAUCCUGGCCGCCUCAGACACCUGCUUCUACAUCAACAUAACCAAGGAAGAGAACUCGGCCUUCAUCUUCAAGCAGGAGGAGCGGCAGAGGCAGCGUGGCCUGGCCGGCCCGGCGCUGUACCAGGGACGGCUGCCUGUGCACAGCGUCAUCGCCUCCAUGGGGACUGUGGCUAUGGACCUGCAGAGUGCCGAGUGCGGGCCCGCGCAGGGCGGCACAGGCAGCAAGCUGACACUGCCCACGGAGAACGGCUCAGGCAGCCGGCGGCCCAGCAUCGCGCCGGUCCUGGAGCUGGCAGACAGCUCGGCCCUGCUGCCCUGCGACCUGCUGAGUGACCCAUCGGAGGACGAGGCGACGCCCUCUGAGGAUGAGGGCCUCUCCACAGUGGAGUACGUGAAGGGCUACCCGCCCAACUCGCCCUACAUUGGCAGCUCCCCUACCCUGUGCCACCUGCUGCCUGUGAAGGCCCCAUUCUGCUGCCUGCGCCUGGACAAGGGCUGCAAGCACAACAGCUAUGAGGACGCCAAGGCCUAUGGGUUCAAGAACAAGCUCAUCAUCGUCUCGGCGGAGACAGCCGGCAAUGGGCUGUACAACUUCAUCGUGCCACUGCGAGCCUACUACCGGCCGCGCAGGGAGCUCAAUCCCAUCGUGCUGCUGCUGGACAACAGGCCUGACCACCACUUCCUGGAGGCCAUCUGCUGCUUCCCCAUGGUCUACUACAUGGAGGGCUCCGUAGAUAACCUGGACAGCCUGCUGCAGUGCGGCAUCAUCUACGCGGAUAACCUGGUGGUGGUGGACAAGGAGAGCACCAUGAGCGCCGAGGAAGACUACAUGGCCGAUGCCAAGACCAUCGUCAAUGUGCAGACCAUGUUCCGGCUCUUCCCCAGCCUCAGCAUCACCACGGAGCUCACGCACCCCUCCAACAUGCGCUUCAUGCAGUUCCGCGCCAAGGACAGCUACUCGCUGGCGCUCUCCAAGCUGGAGAAGCACCCUCCAGAUCUCCACAGCAGAUCCUCCAGGUCACUGCCCUGCUUCCACUGCGCCCUGGUGUCCUCAGCGGACAGAGCGAGGCGGGAGCGAGAGAAUGGCUCCAACUUGGCCUUCAUGUUCCGCCUGCCCUUCGCUGCUGGCCGUGUGUUCAGCAUCAGCAUGCUGGACACCCUGCUCUAUCAGGUCAGUCCCGCCCCACCUGGCCUUCCCAGGGCAGGGCCCCGCCCGGGUAUCCCAGGUUGGGGUCCCGCCCGGCCGUCCCAGAAUGGGGCGCGUCGGGCAGGCUCUCAGUCAUGCCACACACACACACACCCCACCUCCCCGCACCCGCAGUCCUUUGUGAAGGACUAUAUGAUCAGUAUCACGCGGCUGCUGCUGGGCCUGGACACCACGCCUGGCUCUGGCUACCUCUGCGCUAUGAAGAUCACUGAGGACGACCUGUGGAUCCGCACCUAUGGCCGCCUCUUCCAGAAGCUCUGCUCCUCCAGUGCUGAGAUCCCCAUCGGCAUCUACAGGACCGAGUGCCACGUCUUCUCCUCUGAGCCCCAGGACCUCAAAGCCCAGUCCCAGGUUUUGGUGAACAUGGGAGAGUGCGAGGACACGUGUGAGGACAGGGGGCCCUGGGGUGCACGAGCCAGGCCUGGCGGGGGCAGCACCCACAGCCGCCACACAGGCAGCAGCAGUGACCCGGCCGAGCACCCGCUACUGCGGCGCAAGAGCCUGCAGUGGGCCCGGAAGAUGAGCCGCAAGGGCUCCCGGCCCCCGGGGAAGGUGUCUGCAGCUGAGAGGGGCCAGCAGUGGCCCAGCCUGCACCGGUGCUCUGAGCGCCAGGAGCUCUCCGAGCUGGUCAGGAACCGCAUGAAGCACCUGGGGCUGCCCACAUCUGGUUACGAGGACGUAGCAAAUUUAACAGCCAGUGAUGUCAUGAAUCGGGUAAACCUGGGAUAUUUACAAGAUGAAAUGAAUGACCAGCAGAACACCCUCUCCUAUGUCCUCAUCAACCCCCCACCUGACACACGGCUGGAGCCCAAUGACAUUGUGUACCUCAUCCGCUCUGACCCCCUGGCUCACAUGGCCAGCAGCUCCCCAAACCAUAGGAACAGCUGCAGCCACAAACUGUCAUCCUCCAACCCUGAGACUCGCGAUGAGACGCAGCUCUGAGGCCUGGGACCUGGACCCCUGGGGCUGCAGCAAGGAUGCAGAGGAAGUAGCCACCCACUGCCCUGGCCAUCGGGGCUUCCAGUGACUCCUGGGCUGUGGCUGUGGGCGAGGCAUCCUGCAGGCUGGAGCAGUGGAACCUCCACACUGCCCUGGAGCUGGUGGAAGCGUUUUUUUAACCUGUUUUUACAAAUCUGUAUGACUCGCGUCUUUUCACAGCUGUACCGGAACUCGUGACCAGGAACCAGCGAAGGCAAAAGAGGGUGGCUGGGAGGGGAUGGGCAGGGACUGGACACCAUGGGAGUCCUCUGCCCUGCAUGGCCAUCCCUGGGCACUGCUAGAGGCUGGGAGAGAAGGGCACCCAAAGACCGGUUAGUGGGGACUGGUGGCCCACACAGGAACUGCCCAUCAAGGCUCCCACAGGGUGGAGCACUGGAAUGGUGCAAGGGCGCCCUCUGCUGGAACUUAGCCUGGAACUGCACAGAAGUCAGAAGCCUCUUUGUUCCUACACGGACUGCUCGCUGGCUCGCUGGUUGGGGACCUCGUGUGGGGACGCUGCACAUCCAAGCAAAGCCUUGUUCCUAACUCCCGACACAAGAAGCACAAUUAGUCCUGGAUGCAGGCUGCUGUCCUUGACCUCUGCAGGCUUCUCCAGGGUGGAGGCCAGGGACUGGAUGCCCCACGCCCUGAGCCUAGCAACCCUUGCACUCUGCAGGCUGCAUGUUCGAAGCAGCUUCCCCGGGCCCUCGGGCUCUGGCUACAGGGUUGGAGGACACCUGGGCUCACCUGCUGCAGGGUCAUAAAUGCCCACAGUGGUCCUCAACUGACCUUGACUCGGCCAGUAACAGCUUUUCUAAAGUGCAGGCUGCAAGCCCCAUAUGGCAGGUUGGCCGGGGUGGGCUGCCCAGUGUCCAGGAAGCUCCCAGGGGCAGACCUGCGGUUGUCACAGUUCUGAGACCAACAGCUGCCAGGGACCCUCCCAUUGGGGGAAGGGCUGUGCACCUCCCCUCUGUCCAUUUUGGUACAUCAAGAGGCUGCAGUGAAGGGCAGGGCUCCUGACAUCAGGCCAGGCGGCUCAGGGGACCAUGUGGGAUGCACCCAGAGUUGGGCUGCCUGUUGCAGGACUCGGACACACGUCCAGCUUGUGCCCCUACCCUGGCCUGCCUGAUGCCUGCUCAGAAAGUGCCUAGAAGCCUGAGGCACAGCAUUCCUAGGGACAGGAAACACCCUGUAGCCCUCAGCAUGGGGAACCCCAGGCCUGAUGCAGUGGCAAGCGUUGCCCUGGGCUGUGUCUCAGCUGAGGCCACUCAGGUCCCUGGGCUGAGUGACUCCAGGGAACCCCCAGCGUCCUGCUUAGGAGUGAGCUGCCUCGCUGGUGCCCUGGGCCCCAUGUCCUGCACUACACCCCAGCUCCCUGUGCCGACCUGACUGGAAGUAGGGCUUGCUCCGGGUAGCACCUGGGUGGACAUCCCUGGCGUUGGGCUUGGGCUGUAGCAGGUAGCUGUGGACAGCAGCAUCUUCCUGGUCCCUGGCAGAGGUGGGGUGACCCCCGCAUGCCAGGCCUUCUCAGCUACUAAGUAAGCCAGGCCACCACCACACUGGCCAGGAGCACAGCUGCCCUGUGAGAUGCCAGUCACCAGCCCAAUAAACGCUGCCUGCGCACCUGGAA